UUAAUCAGUGAAUUCUGAGUCAGUACUAGACUCAAAGUCCAAGUCAAUAUUAGGCUUUAUUAUGUUCACGCUUCGUAAUAUGCCGUUUAAACUCCGCGUUACCUUACAAGUGACACAAAGAACGUUGUGCGUUUGUUUUUAAUGAUACCCUUGGUAAAUUUUGGCAAUAACAUUUUGCCGCGAUACCUGUGUGGAGUUUUUUAAUUUCACCAUUAGCUUUAUAACAAUAAUUUAAAUGAAAGUUUUAACGACGCAUAGGCAAGUUUAUCAAAAUGAACAAUGGAUUCGACGAAUGGGGUGGCUAUAUGGAAGCCAAAAUGACCAAAUUGGAGGAGCAAUUCAGUGCCGCCAGUGAUCCUUUUCGAAAAUCCAAUCUCUUUAGUGGUAUCUCAAUAUACGUCAACGGCUUGACAGAUCCAUCCUCUGAUGAAUUGAAGCGCAUAAUGAUGGUGCAUGGCGGGACCUACCAUCAUUAUCAACGGUCUCACACAACCUAUAUAAUCGCAUCAAAUUUGCCAGAUGUUAAGGUGCGGAACAUGAAUACCAGCAAGAUUAUCAGUCCUCAGUGGGUGUUGGAUUGUUUGAAAGAUCAAAAAAUUGUCGACUACACCAGGUAUUUGUUGUACACAAAUCAAAAAACAUCACAGCCAUCAAUCAGUUUUGCCAUGAAAAAGAAGGAAGAGUCAAAAGUGGAGGGUAUAAGUGCGACAGAUUCUAAAUCGUCGGAACCCUCAAAUUCUCUCGAAUUUGCUUUAAAGGAGUUGAAUGCAACGCUCAAAAACAGUAUGUCAACAACUGCCAUAGUCCCCGAGGAGUCCCAUGAGAAUUCAAGCUAUAGCAACUCUUCUAUGCUAAAUAACAGCAAAGCAAAACAAUCCUCUGCAACUACUUCUGGAGUUGCACUUACAGCAGUAGAUCCCAAGUUUUUGUCGGAAUUUUUCAACAACUCUCGCCUUCAUCAUAUUGCAACAUUGGGGGCUGGUUUCAAGCAAUACAUAAGUGAUUUGCGUGAUCAAGCUGUGGAGAGAGAUUUCCCAGCCAGAAAAUUGUUGAAGGAAAAAUUGAUAGAGAGGAACGUGCCAGAGGUAUCAGAAUCCCAAAAAUCGUCAUACGUAAUGCACAUUGAUAUGGACUGCUUCUUUGUUUCGGUGGGCUUGAGGAAAAAUCCACAUCUCCGUGGUCAUCCAGUAGCAGUAACACAUUCCAAAGGAGGUUCAUCUGCGUCUGAAGUUCCUGUACACCCCAACGCCGAUCGCAAACUCGAAAUGGAACUAUUUGCUAAACGUUUCGAACAGCAUUUACACAACAACAUACUUUCGGAUAAAGUACGUGGAGGCUUUGAAAACAAAAUGUCAUUGUCGGAAAUAGCCUCGGCCUCAUAUGAGGCACGCGCCAAGGGUAUACAUAAUGGCAUGUUUGUGGGACAAGCUUUAAAGCUAUGUCCAGAGUUAAAAACUAUACAAUACGACUUUGAAGGGUAUAGAGAAGUAGCUUUCACACUCUACAAUACAAUAGCCCAAUAUACGCUAAAUAUAGAGGCAGUGAGUUGUGAUGAAAUGUUUGUAGAUCUAACAGAUGUUUUGGAAGAAUUGAAAGUAGAGCCUAUGGAAUUUGUUAGGGCUGUGAGAGAAGAAAUAAGAGAAAAGACCCAAUGUCCUUGCUCGGCGGGUGUGGGAGCUAACAAACUACAAGCCCGUAUGGCCACCAAGAAGGCUAAACCAGACGGUCAAUACCAUUUGCAAAGUGAAAACGUCGAGUCGUAUAUGGCUGAAAUCCCUAUUAAAGAGUUACCUGGCGUAGGCAGCAGUACAGCCUACACAUUAAAUGAUGCCAAAUUAGUUACUUGCGGAGAUUUGCAGAAGGUAUCCCUGGCCCGCAUUCAGAUGUUGGUGGGGAAAAAAUUUGGUGAAACCUUGUAUCAGUUUUGCCGGGGACUUGAUCAAAGAGGCCUAACCUACGGCCAAAUAAGAAAAUCUGUCUCAGCAGAAGUAAACUAUGGCAUUCGUUUCAAAACAUACGCCGAAUUAGAGACUUUUUUGAAACAACUAUGCGAAGAGGUUCACAGGCGUCUGCUCAACAUAAAAAGAAAGACCAAAUGUAUCACGUUAAAGUUAAUGGUACGAGCAGAAGAGGCUCCGGUCGAGACCUCCAAAUUUAUGGGUCAUGGUGUUUGCGACCACAUUACAAAAUCUGUUUCGCUACCCGAGUUUAGCAAUGAUUUGGAAAUUAUUACUAAGCAUAUUCUUAACACAAUGAAAGCUUUGGCAUUACCGCCACAUGAGCUUAGGGGUAUUGGCAUACAACUUUCUAAAUUGGAUGAUCCCUCGAUAGAGCAGGAAAAGCCCAAAGAAAACAUAAUCAAGAACAUGUUUUCAAAAGUAAAGGAAAGACAAAAGCAAAAUCAGACCACUUCAAAGGUAAAUAUCGAUGAAGUACCUGACCUGAAUGUACCAAAUGAUUCAGCUAAUGAACAAGAGAAGCCACAAGAAAACAAUAUAAAAAAUAUGUUUUCCAAAAUAAAAGAAAAACAAAAUCAUGAAAUGGCAAAUAUAGUUUCCGAAGAAUGUAAAGAAUUUUCGGUUAACGAAUCUGCGCCAUCAAAAUGCCCUGAACCUAAAAAAUCAAUGGCGGCCAGUCGAGGCCGUCCAAAAGCUGCUGGCAGCUCGAAGGAUAGCUCAAAGUCUAAGCAAAAUGUUAUGAGCAUGUUGCAAAAUGCAGCUGCUAAGAGAAAGGUCCAGGAAAAUCUCAAUUCAACAGAUUCCCUCUUUCCCUCUGAUAUUGAUCCAGAAGUAUUUAAUGCCUUGCCUUUAGACAUUAAAGAGGAGAUACUAAGGGAAAGAAGAAUUCAAAGAAAAACGGUUGUGGAGCCACCUGCCAAAAAAGACAAACCCAUUCCAGCGUCCAACAACAUAAGCGUAUUGAAUGAGAGUGACUUUUUGCCUUCCACGUCCAAAGCAGCGCAUCAAAAACGUGAAACUAAGAAACAAAAAGGUUUUCCAGAAUCUUCUAAUGAUGUUCAGCCAACGCCGCAAGUGGAUCCAGAAUUCUUAGCAGCCUUACCUCCAGACUUAAGAAUGGAAAUAGAACAACAAAUAAAAAUUCAAAAACAGUUUCAAGAUCCAGAUCAAAGCUAUCGUCCUUUGACACCUCCGCCCAUGGAAAAUAAUAAUGACUCGGUCAAUUGCAAAACCAACUCGAUUAGUUCGGACAAUAUUUUCACUCAAACCAAUGGCAAAGAAUUACUUUUGCUUUGGGUUCAAAGUAGCGAUGUUCCUGAAAAUUAUGACAUUGAAUUGUUAUGCUCUAGUGCCUGCGAAUUGAUUAGGAUCAAUGAGUUGGACAUCCUGUACGAAUCUCUGUUGUAUUUGGGACGCUUAAUAAAUCAACAGCGAUCUAGCAGCGAAUAUUGUCCCUGGCAUUUGGCAUUUAAGUCGUGUGCUGGCAUUGUUUGUGGCCACCACGGUAUUCCAGCCUUGUUUAAGUGCCUGCUGUCGGCGUCAAGUCAACAAAAAACUACAGUGUUAACAAAGGGUUUGCUCCCACCCAUCCUCCAUACAAGUGUCCCUCUUCGGCUGCAACCAUGA